AUGAAUAAAUAUAAAGAUCUCCCAGAUAUAGACACAUCGAAUAAAGAGAUUUUUGAAUCAUCAGAUCAGGAAAAUGACUCUGAUAUCGAUCAAAUCGAUAGAAUAGAGGAAGAGUUUAAGGAUGUUAAUUUUGAUGAGAAACGCUUAGCAUUUUCCAAAUUCAAUAUUAUAAAUGCUGAUAAGUUUGACUUUUCAGGUAAUGUUUUAAAUUCAAUGGGAUAUCAGAUAGAAGACAAAUCAAGAGAAGAAACAAUUGAUGAAAAAUUGGCAAGAAUUAAAAGAGAGUUGGAAGAAAUACGACAGACUCAAAAUGUAAAUGUUGAUGAAUUGAUAAAUGAAACAUCAGAAUUGGAGUCAAAAAGGAAUCAACCGAAACUAGCGGAAGAUAAAUCAAGUUCUACUUCUAUAAAUGUCUUAAACCUACUACAGUUUGAGUCAAAACCUUUGGAAUUGAACAGUAAUAAUUUGAAUCAAAUAAGUGAUUUGGAGAAUAAAUUAAACAAAUUGGAAACAAUUAUUGGUACAGGUUUAGAUAGCGAAGACCAAACAUCUUCGAUUCAAUCGAAUAUAAAUGAAGUAGAGAGAAGGCUAAACAUAUUAGAACACCCAGAGUAUAAUUCCACUUCAAUUUCGAAUAAAAUUGAAAAAAUGACUAAAGAAAUGAACAGGUUGGAGUUAAAUAAAAAAAUAUAUGGAAUUGAUAAUGAUUCCGAAAACGAGGUCAUAUUGAGUAAAAUAGAUAAUAAGCAAAGGGUUGAUGAGAUAUAUAACAUUUUACCUGAUUUGGAGAAAUAUUUGAGUCACGCUCCGGUGCUACUACAAAGAAUCAAGAACCUAAAUAAAUUACACAAUGAAUUGAGUGAGUCAAUAUCGUUAACUACAAAUUUAGAUCUGAUGAUGAAUAACAUGACUGAGGAAUUCAAAAAGUGGGAUAAUUCUAUUACAGAUUUAGAUUCCAAACUUAAUUCUCAAAUUGAAAACUUUCAUGACAACCUGAAAAGUAUAGAUAAUAGAAUUACAGAGUUGUUAGAUAGAAUCAAAGACGUUUCAAAUUAA